AUGGUUCAAAAGUUGAAGAUUGGUGCCGCUGGCCUUGGCCGUAUGGGCAAGCGUCAUGCUGUCAACUUUCUGCACCGCACUCCCCGGGCGGAGCUCGUUGCCGCCUUCACCCCGGACCAGAACGAACUCGUGUGGGCUAGAGCCAACCUUGAGCCAUACGGAGUCACCCUUUACACCGACUACGAUGAGAUGCUUAACCACGAGGGAAUCCAGGCUGUCGUCAUCGCAACGGUCACCAAGGUUCAUGCGGAGGAGGCUAUCAAGGCCAUCAACAGGGAUCUCCAUGUCUUGUGCGAGAAGCCUAUUUCUCUUAGCUUGGAAAAGUCAACGGAGGUCGUUACUGCUGCUCAGCACAAGCCUCAUCUCAAAGUCAUGUGCGGCUUCUCUCGCCGCUUCGACGCGUCGUACAGAGAUGCUUUCGAGAAGGCAGAAUCCGGUCUCAUCGGUAGGCCAUCAAUCAUCAGAUCGCAAACCUGCGACAAGCAUGAUCCUAGCGGUUUCUUCGUGAAGUAUGCUGCGCUGAACGGUGGCUGCUUUGUUGAUAUGAGUGUCCACGACAUUGACCUGGCGAUGUGGUUCUUUGGCGAGGAUUCCGUUGUGAAGUCAGUCUCCGCUUCAGGCAUCACCGCUGUAUCACCCGAGUUGAGAGAGCACGGCGACUGCGAUAACGCCGUCGGAAUCGUCGAGUUCUGGGGCGGCAAGAUCGCCUACUUUUACAACUCACGCAUGAUGGCACACGGACAGGAGGACACCACCGAGAUCAUCGGCACUGGCGGCAAGCUGACCGUCAACGGCAACCCCCAAUCCAACUUUGUCAACAUUUACGGACCUCAGGGUAUCACGAGGGAGGUCCCUGCGCACUACUAUGGAAGAUUUGAAUACGCAUUUGUUGCCGAGGCAAACGAGUUCACCGCUGCUGCCCUCGACAAUACCAAGUUGCCCAUUAAGUUGACUGGAGCUGUCAAGGCCGUACAGAUUGGCUCUUACUUGCAAGAAGCGCUCGAGACCGGCAAGAAGCUCUACUUUGAUGAAAUCGGCCGUCGCAUUGAGAAGACUACCAAGUUGUAA